UGUAUCCUGCUACAAUGUUGCCCCGGCUGGUCUGCAUUAAUGAUUAUGAACAGCAUGCCCGAUCAGUGCUUCAAAAGUCAGUAUAUGAUUACUACAAAUCUGGGGCAAAUGACCAGGAGACCUUGGCUGAUAAUAUUAGAGCAUUUUCUAGAUGGAAGCUGUAUCCACGGAUGCUCCGGAAUGUUGCUGAUAUCGACUUGUCAACUUCUGUUUUAGGACAGAGAGUCAGCAUGCCAGUAUGUGUUGGAGCUACUGCCAUGCAGUGCAUGGCACAUGUGGAUGGGGAGCUGGCCACUGUCAGAGCCUGUCAGACCAUGGGAACUGGCAUGAUGCUGAGUUCCUGGGCCACCUCCUCAAUAGAAGAAGUGGCAGAGGCUGGCCCUGAGGCACUUCGCUGGAUGCAACUAUACAUCUACAAAGACCGUGAGGUCAGCAGGCAGUUGGUGAGGCGAGCUGAGCAGAUGGGUUACAAAGCCAUAUUUGUGACUGUGGACACCCCUUACCUGGGCAACCGCUUUGAUGAUGUGAGGAACAGGUUCAAGCUGCCGCCACAACUAAGGAUGAAAAACUUUGAAACAAGUGAUUUGGCAUUUUCUCCUAAAAGGAAUUUUGGAGACAACAGUGGGCUUGCUGAAUAUGUGGCCCAAGCCAUAGACCCCUCUCUCAGCUGGGACGACAUCAAAUGGCUCAGAGGAUUGACAUCACUGCCUAUUGUUGUAAAGGGCAUUUUGAGAGGUGACGAUGCUAAAGAAGCUGUGACACACGGUGUGGAUGGGAUCUUGGUGUCCAAUCAUGGGGCUCGACAACUGGAUGGAGUGCCAGCUACAAUUGAUGCCCUGCCAGAAAUCGUUGAGGCUGUGGAAGGGAAGGUGGAAGUCUUCCUAGAUGGGGGUGUAAGGAAAGGCACCGAUGUUCUCAAAGCUCUGGCCUUGGGAGCCAAGGCUGUGUUUGUGGGGAGACCCAUCAUAUGGGGCUUGGCUUUCCAGGGAGAAAAAGGUGUUCGAGAUGUCCUUGAGAUACUGAAGGAAGAAUUCCGGCUGGCCAUGGCUCUGAGCGGGUGCCAGAAUGUGAAAGUCAUCGACAAGACAUUGGUGAGGAAAAAUCCUUUGGCUGUUUCCAAGAUCUGACAGUGCACAAUAUUUUCCCAUCUGUAUUAUUUUUUUUCCAGCAUGUAUUACUUGACAAAGAGACACUGUGCAGAGGGUGACCACAGACUGUAACUCCCCACUUCAAUACAAAGGGUGUCCUUCUUCUCUAACAAAAUAGCGAUCCCUUUUCAUUCAUUGCUUUUGACUUUUCAAUGGGUGUCCUAGGAACCUUUUAGAAAGAAAUGGACUUGCAUCCUGGAAAUAUAUUAACUGUUAAAAAGAAAACAUUGAAAAUGUGUUUAGACAACGUCAUCCCCUGGCAGGCUGAAGUGCUGGGAAACAAAAGCUAUCCUCUGGUAAAAUUGGAGGUAGUAUGCUGAAGUCAAAGAUAAUGACCUCACUGUUUAUUAACCUGUCUUAUGUUUAGAUUUCCUUAAGACAGUGGUUCUUACAGUGUGCACUGGGCUUUGAAAUGCUGGAAAUGCCCAAAGAAAUAUGAGGUUUGGAUCUGCCAUGUUGAGAAAAUAGCACUAGGUAGAAUUGAAAUGGAUGGUGAUAAUUUGUGAUUUUCUAGAGACUUUUUGUCUUUUAGCACCCUAGUUCUUUGAAAGUAGAUUUCCAGCCACUAUAUUAAGUGUCUGAAUACAUCUGAAUGUUGUGUACUAGUCACUUCAUUUGAAAAAGAUGUGUUCAGUCCACUUGGGGAAAUAUGGAACUAUUUUCAUUUUUGAACUCUGUCUCCUUAUUCCCAUUUUUGAGGUGUUGAUUUCCCAGUUCCCCUAGAACCUUUCUGGAUUCUCUCAUUCUCUUCAUUUAUACUCACAUUCAGGGUCAAGUACUUAUUUUGUGCUUUGUAUUCAUGGUGAAUAAAGAUUAGAAACUUUUGUUCAGAAGGAAGCAAAAA